AUGGAUCCUUUCUCAGCAGAGGGCGAGCUCCUCAACAUCCACAAUGCCUUCCACUCCGGUCAAUACCAGAACGUAAUCGACUUCGAGACCGCCGCCUUCUCCCCCGAGAACCAGCUCCCUGCUCGCGUGCUCAAGCUCCGUUCCCAAAUUGCCCUUGGUCAGAGCGACGAGGUCCUGGCCGCUGUUGCCAGCGAAGAGGAUACUCCCGACCUGGCCGCCACCAAGGCCCUUGCCCAACAAGUGGCGGGCAAGACCGACGCUGCUCUGCAGUUGGCCCAGGAUCUCGCAGAGAACUACCCCGACAAUGCAACCGUGCAAGUGCUUGCUGCAACUGUGCUGCAGGCACAAGGACAUAGUGAGGAGGCGAUCACCGUGCUCUCCAAGCACCAGGGUAACCUCGAGGCUGUUUCCCUGAUUGUCCAGAUUCACCUCCAACAGAACCGCUCUGACCUUGCGCUCAAGGAAGUCCAGGCCGCCAAGCGAUGGGCUCAGGACUCGCUGCUUGUCAACAUCGCCGAGUCAUGGGUUGGUCUGCGUGUUGGAGGAGAGAAGUACCAGUCUGCCUUCUACGUCUACGAAGAACUCGCCACCGGCCCCAGCACCUCCGCCCCCUUGUCCAUCGUCGGCCAGGCCGUCGCAGAGCUCCACCUAGGCCGUCUCCCCGAAGCCGAAGCCGCUCUCACUACUGCCCUGGAGAAAUACCCCACCGACGCUGAGCUGAUCGCCAACACAAUUGUCCUGAACGUGUUGGCCGGAAAGCCCUCCGCGGAUCUGGAAUCCCUCCUGCAGCAGACCGAGCCCUCGCAUGCCCUCCUCGCCGACAUCCAGGAAAAGAGCGCUCUUUUUGAUACUGCCGCGUCCAAGUACUCGCCGAAGGUGUCGUCUUGA